AUGUUAAUCAGCAAGGCUGGUCGUCCGAUAUGGCGCCGCGAAUGGUGGAUUCGCAACCGAGUCUUGCAGCAUAUUCACCUGAUAUGGGCUACAUUUCUCGAUGAGCCUGAACUUGACUUUCGAUCGCAUGUCCCUCCGACCUCGCAGGACCCACUGUCUACAGAAGUCACUGAAGGACCCUUCGCGCCAAGCGAUCUCCCCAUCGACCCCGAUCUCGGCUUUGCCUUUGAUCCAGAGGACCCUGACUGGAUCGCCUUGUGGGAAAGCAAUCAAAGCAUUGAAAGUGGGCAAGACCUCGGACGCGACCGCCACCACCACGCUGCCUGGCAACAAGAAAGUCCGAGCGAGGCAGUCUCGCCAUCAUUCGGCCCCAUCAGCGGAGAUCCACUGCACCCAUUGACCCUGUUUCCUGAUGACGACGCUGGUCUCGACUUCUUAGAUACUGAGUGGCGCCCCUCCAUCUAUACCAUGGAGAGCCAGCAGGAUAUCAACCACGGUGUCCGUGACGUCUCGGAUGGACAAGGCACUGCGAACGUGACUUCGAUAGCCUUGGAUGGAAGCGCCAAGUCGCCCGACUCUGGCGCACAUGCACAGACCGUACAUACUCGACAGAGGCAGACUCGCGCCAUGGGUCUUCGCAAACGGCACGACAAGGUGCGACAACGGCAGCUUAUGCUUAUGCGUCGAGGGAUCGGCCGCACCAAGGGACUCAGUGCUCAAGCUAUGCCUCUUGGCUAUCUGAACAGCUUGAUAAGCCAGACCGCUGAUGCCGGCCACAGCAUGAAGUACGAGGGAUACGCGAUUCACGAGACCCGCGAUGCGGAUGGAAGGAGGUCAUACAGAUUUCUUGAUCCAGAUACUGCCAUGAGUAUUCCUGGUGGGACACUCCCGCUUUUGCAGAUGCGUGAACAUAGCAUGUUUGACCUCCCAGACCUUGACCUCUCAGACCUUGACAGUGACCAACAACCGAGACCAGAAGACUCCUCGACUGACGAUACACAUCACAAUGCCCCCAUCUCGUCUUUGGCGGCUAUGGACGCAGGGGCAAAGCCUUCUGCCGCCAAGCACAAGCGCAAAGUCUACGACAAGGUUCGGGAACGGCAGAUCACACUCAUGAUUCGAGGGAUCGGCCGCACUCGGGAACUCGUUGCUGGAAAUAUGCCUCUUGGCUAUUUGGACAGCCUGGCGAUUCACGAGACGCGCGAUGCGGACGGAAAAAGGUCGUACGAGCUUCUCGACCCAGACACUGCGAAGAGUGUCCCGGGUGGAAUCCGCGCGCUUGUGGCGAUGCGUAUUAAACAUUACGACGGCUCCAUAUCACAAGUCGCAACAUCGGGACCGUCAAGAGACCUGCCAGUGCGUGAUCAUGGCUUCGACGCUAGCGCUGGCUUCGACACUGAGCUUGAAGACCGUAUCUGGUUCGCUUUAACAGAGGAACUCGAACGUGAACAACAUCCUGGACCUGACUACCACGAUCACGCCUCACGACAAAGCGGCACCACGCUUGCGGAGUCAGCCGCCGUGCCGCACUUGGCUGAUGAUACAUCGCACUCGCUGUCCGCUGCAAGGCGGGAUGUACCCCAGGAAAGGACCUACACCCAACGGAAAAAGCGCGCCAAAAUCCGACAGCGACUGGAGACGCUUAUGACUCGAGGCAUCUGCCGCACCCCUGCCGCCAGGUCCUUGGACAUGCCCUUGACCCUUCUGGACAAGCUGACCGACUUCACUGAUAAGGCCGAUAAAAACCGUUAUGCGGGAUACGCGAUUGACGUGAGUCGCGCCACCGAUGGGCAGAGGACGUAUUCUUUCCUCGACCCACAGGCAGCCCUCAAAGUGGCAGCUGCGACGUUGCCGCUCCUCUCGCAGCGACAGCUUUCCGCGCCAGCUUGGGAUACUGACCUUGGAGCUGCUCAGUACGACGCAGAGAUCUCCUCGAGAGAAAAGUCGUUGCGCGAGGAGGCGCGGGCAGACCGCAGAUGGCGGCGGGAUAAUGAUCUUCAGCGCUUAGCCAAGGCGUACUUUGUGCUCGAAGCUCGUGGCGUGCGCCGGACGCUCCAAUUCUCAACGCAACGCGCGCCCCCGAAAUUCGUGAAUGGAGUCGUCGACCGGACAGAUUCUAUCCCUGUCGAUCCGUUCUCUGAGGCGCCCUUUUCGGGUCUGGUUCUGCACAAUACCGCCGCUAAUAGGAAUACGUGCCAUCCCGUACUGUUGGACUGGAGGGAGGCUGUCGGGCUUGAAGGUGGCGGACGGAGCGUGUCCUUAUUGGCUCCAUGGAUGGACCGUUAUCGGUAA